CACGUGUGGAGUGAGAGCGAGGACUGCCUGCCUUUCUUGCAGCUAGCGCAGGAUUACAUCUCCUCCUGCGGCAAGAAGACACUCCAUGAAGUCUUGGAAAAAGUCUUCAAGUCCUUCAGACCUUUACUGGGGCUUCCAGAUGCAGAUGACGAUGCCUUUGAAGAGUACAGUGCGGAUGUGGAAGAGGAGGAGCCUGAGGCGGACCACCCCCAAAUGGGGGUCAGUCAGCAGUAAAACUGCGAGGGCGCCUCUGGAGAAGGAGAGUGAGCCCUCCGGUACCUUUGGUGGGGUAGUGCUCCUGGGUUAGCAUUUUGCAUUAGCACCUCAAAACAGGACGUCUGGCUCGCAGCAUCCAAAUUCAAAUGAAAUACCUUUUUAACGACCACAAAAUAUCUGUGAUGAGCUUUGCUCUGAAGUGACCUGAAUUUCAGUCCCACUUCAGUGGGGUUUCUAUGGAAUUGUCUUGGUAGCCUUUGCCACUUUGAAUCUAGAGUCCAUUUUGUGGCUGCCUACUCUCUCUUGAGUUUAUGUUGGAGAAUUAACAUUUGCUGCCUGGAAUGCAGAGAACUCUGAGUGUAUUAAGGAUGUGUUUUGAGUCCUCACAGGUGACCUCGCUGAGGAAAAGCACGGCAGAGAAGAAAUGCAGUCUGCACUUUUUGUGUACCUUUAAGUGUCCAUAAGUGAAAGGUCUUGCUUAUAAAGCAUGAGUUUUAAUAUCUAGUCAUUAAACCACGCAAGUGCAAAGGCAAGGACAGAAGAGGAGAACCACUUAGCUUUGGAUUAAGUGGGUAAGAGAGGCAGAGAAGCCAUGAGAGUUUCGCCAUUACUAAAUUAGUACCUGCCUGUGUAGCAGCUGGUUCCUGAAUAGGUGUAAAUGUUACUUCCUUGUUCAGUUGUUUGAAAAUAUGCUAAUUCCAAAGCUCCUUUUAAAAUCUAAUAGUGGAAGAUAUAAAUGGGGUGAAAGACAUAAAUUAUUGACUUCUUUCAGCUAUUUAUAAAGUGUCCCACAUAUGAAAUCAAACAUUUACCUUUUCUCUUUUUAAUGAGGUGGAAACUUGUUAAAUUGUGAAGACACCUAGAAUCCAAGUAAGUGCCACUUAAAUUUUGAAGCCAUAGAUAAAUUUAAGAGGAAAAAUAAAUCAGGAUAAAAAAAAUUUUUUAAAUACAAUGGAAUUCUCCUUUACUUUCUUAAUCUUUUAUUCUUUAAAAAUGAAAAGUCAGGAAAAGGCUCCUGUUAUGUUAUUUAGUUAAAAUUAUAAUCAAGUACUUUCAAGAGACCUCAUGGCAGUGAAUUCCUAGAGUGCCAUGGAAGUAGGAAUAUUUAUCAUGGGGUAGCUGGGUUAAAAGGGGGCAUUUUAGUGAUCAAGAUACUCAGACAACUCACAAAGACAGUUGUUGUCAUUAUUUAGCCAACAGAUAUUUACGGGUAUAUCCUUUGCAACACUAACGUGGAAUUAUUUGAAAUGCUCAUUUUCCUGGACCCUUCUGCAUCUCUAAUACCUAAGGAUGCAGUGCCUCCUUUUCACUACUUGACUGUUCGUAGCAUCUGGGUUGGACAUGUCUUAAGCACACAUGUGCCCAUUAGGUCAUUAGCAUUUUGAAUUUAAGAAAAAAGAAAAACCAGGAGUAGCCGAAGCCACAGAACUCAUGGGAGUCUUGUAUAUCUUCCAGGCAUGUCGGUGUAAACCUGAUCGUCUCAGCAUUCUCUGUCUGAGUGGUACUAUGGGGAGUGCAGCCUUUCGUGGUCGAAUAGUGUACUGCAGUCUUAAGUCCUCAGGUGAAAUAACACAGUGGUUUCCAUCUGUGCUUUAGUUCCCACCUUUUCUUCUUUGCUUGGAAAAUAUAAACGGUUAGUUUCAAGUUAAAUGAAUUUUUUUCAAGUAGCCUAUUAGCAAAACCCACUCUGAGGUGAGUGGGUCCUGCCUUUUGCAGCCCUGCUGGUGUUCCCACCGGCUCUGCUCUGCAGCAGAGAAGGCUGAGCCCUUCAGUCUGUAGCCAUUGCCCAGUUUGGUACUGUCCACUUUUACACAGCAGACUGCAAGAAUGCAUUCCGCAGCAGAAAUGAAGCUCUGCUAGCUUGCUGCAUCCUAAGGUAAACUGAAUUGUAUACGUACAGCCUUCAGAUCUAAAUUUACAUAUGUUUGGAAAUGGAAUGGACAUUAAUAUAAAACGUAUUUUAUCAAGGAAGUAUUUAGACUUUGUCCAGUACAUUUCGGUAUUACCAUGUUAAUGUUCUCUGUAUAACAGUGGAGCUGAGAUAGACUGGGCCAUUCAGUGGGCUGAUGAGAAUUCCAGGCUUUGUUCCACCCCAGGGUAAGAGAGAACAACACUGGAUAUGACUUACUUUCCAUGGCAGGACCCCAGAGGCAUUAGCAAAUCUGAUUGUUUGCUUUCAAACUUCCUUUUCUUUAAUGGUGUGCAGGGUUCUCCAGUGUUCCCAUUGGCCCGCGUACACACACACGCACACACACACGCACACACACACUCACACACUCAUACCUGCCACACUGUGGCUACUCUCUGUGGAGCUGUGAAGCAAGACCAGCUUAUGAGGUGAGUGAGGUUGGCAGCCUGUGGAUUGUUUUGGAAAUUCUUCCUCAGCUGAGGCAACAAGUUCAUGACCUUUCUCAGAGGUCCAGACCAGAGUCACUUAACCAGGAGGCAGUGAUGGUGUGAGAGGAACAUCUCUUGGAGUAGGAGGGAUUCUGGGUCCUCGCCUUGACUCUGCCAUUUUCUGUCUAACUGUGACGAGUCAUUUAACUAGACCCUGCAUCAGAGCUCUUUGCUCUUCCAGCAUUAAACACUGCUUUUGCGCCUGCCUUAGGAAGUACGUGUGUGUAGGAAUAACUGUCAAGGAUAGUUAGGGCCAGGAGAAGGAGAGGUGUUUGGAAUCUCGACAGAAAUGCUGUCUUUAGAAUGAUGGCCACCAGCCCCCUUAGAACAUGUUUGGAGCCUGGUCUGGGCCCAGUCAGUGCAGUUAAUGAGAUUCUGUCCCUGCGAGGAGAAGGUGAAACAAGGCCCCAGAAGAUGUACUCGUCUUGGCCAUCCCUGCUGCAUCUGCAGAAGGUAGAGCUUCUCUUGGUGCCCUGACGCCCUGACACUGGGGGCUUUGGGCUUGGUAAACGUUUAACUGGGGUGGGGGGAAUGUGCAUGAGACUAGCUGGAAGAGAGUAAAAGAUAAAUACUUCGAUUAUUUUGUCCUGUCAUUCAGGAGAAAGGAAGUGACAGUGAAAGUUAAAGUCAGAGAGCGAAUGCGUCUGUGCGGUAGCAUGAGGGAGAAUGAGGUGUGACUGACAGCUUGCUGGUCACGUGGCCAGCUGUGAAAUUUGAAAUCUUGGUUGUGACCACAUGGCACAGCCUUGGCCCUGGGUGUGAGUGAGCCGCGGAGACCUCUUGUGUCUGGCUCCUUUGCUCUGCCCAGUGAUUAUGUCAUGCAGGCUUCAGGGAGUCGGUGAGUUUCGGAGCUGGGGAGGGAGGCAAAGCCCCAUGUGGUGCCUGGUGCCGCCACGAGUCCACUGCACAGAGGCUCCGUGUGUAUCGUCCAGGCCCACAGCAAUGCACGGUACAUUUUAUUUUUCCAUAACCAGAACACAGAAAGUCCAUUAUGUAGGGCGAUUCUUCUUGUGUCCCGGUGCCAGAAUUGGGUUUCUAGUGUACUUCAGGGGAAACCUCUCUCCUUUAGCAGUGACUGGCACUGUUUGUGUAUAAAUAGAAACUGUUCUGUAGCACAAUACAUGUCUCUGAGUAUGUUUCGGUUUCAUGAGAGCACAAAGUGUAUGGUCCUAGGGGAGCUGUGACCCCAGAGCGUCACUGCAGUUUAUAUUUUAGGAACCUGCUUUGCAUGUUAAAAUUCAUACGUUAAAAAACUGGCACACAUCUGAUUUCCCAUAGUGAGGGGGAUGUCGGAACAGACAGGAUUUAAUGUGGGUGUGAGGAGAGGAACUGGGGCAGGGGGAAAUUAGGUCUUAGAAGUCAGGUCUGACUCAUGAAAAACAAAAGCAAAAACCAGUCAUCGUCACCCUGUGAGGCACAGGAAAACUCUUCAUGGCUCUUUCUAGGGGCUGGCCUUCCUCAAAGAGACUGAGUGUUGGGAAGAUGUGGUGAUGGGUUUGUGGCUUUUAAAAGACCCCUGGCCAAGGACACAGCAGGUGUCUUGCACCUCUGGUGGGACUCUUUUCCUUAAGGAACCCAGCUGCCAGCCAGAGAAGCCUGUCUUCCUGGAGAGCUGGUAGGUCCAGGAGGGGCCGUGGUCAGGACAUGUGGGGCAGCCCACCUUCCCCACCCGCUCCAGGGUUGCAGAGGGAGCACAAGGAAAGCUCCAGCUGGGGGCAGAUCGCUUCUUCCCAGGGGUGAGUCAGCUCCAAAGAGAUGCUGUUGCUGGUUGCUUCCUCUUUAGAGAAGCCUAAAAAAUUUUUUUUGGCAUUAAAAAAUAAUCCUCUUGUAUAACAACCCACUCAGUUAUCUUGGCCUUCCGAUAACACAUAUGACACAAUAAGCUGAGUUCUUUUAGAUUUUAUACAGAAUAAUUCUAAAACUUGCCAGAAUGCCUAUAGCCUGUGGUCCCUAUGGAAGUGAACAUUUCAUGUUGAGAAACCCAUUUAUAGCACUGUAAGGCAUAAGCAGUUCAACGUGUGUCCCAGGCCACAUAACGAUGAACAUUUAGUUUGCUUAGAACUAUGUUCAAGUUGUUUGGUACUAGAGGACGUUGGCAGUCUGUCUUGGUAAGCUGCCUUUCCCUGGGUUUUUCUGUUUUUGUUUUUGUUUCUCAAGAUUCAUUUUUUCACCAGGUACUAUAAAGAUGCAGAAUGGCACUCUGUACACCAAAUGUCAGCUUCUUAGAGGAGGAAGUAGAUCUUCAGUGAUAGACAGAUCUAACACAAAAUGUGAUCCAGUCCUGAUCUGUGAAUGAAAGGCAAAAUGUAGCCAUCCGCACAAGAAGGCAAAGAAGGAAAGAAUGGGGUUUUGGUUUGUUUUUUGCUUCGUUGAUGUUGUUACUGUUGUUUUAGGCGAGAAGUGUUUCCUGUAGGGUGUGUGUUCUUUUUUUGCUUUCAUAUUUCCUUUAAAACAAAUCUCUUGUAAAGUAGAAAACUGUGAAAUGGGUUGCCAAAAACUGUUGCCCUUUGUUAGACGCCUCGAACCCUGUAAAUCCUCUCUCGCACCCUGUCCCCAUCUGUUCCCUCCUCCCUCCCCGGGAGAGCAGGAGCUCAUCCAACGCUGUAAUUACCAUCCGCUUGCUAUUAAAGAGCCUUCCAAAUCCUG